UUUCGGGAGCCUGGCAACAGUGGUAGGCUAAUAAACUGGAGCAAGGACCGGCUGCAUCCUCGUUCAGCAUUACAGGCUCCUGCUCCUCGCAUCCAGGAUACACGAGAUGGCUUCGACAGUCAGGUUGAGUAGAUCAGUGCUGCUGAUUGUUCUGGCGUGUAUAGCGGGGCUGGCAUCGGCCCGGAGCCCCCGCACGGCGGACCAGGUAUCUGAGGCCGACAUUCAGCGUCUCCUACAUGGAGUCAUGGAGCAGCUGGGCAUCGCUCGGCCCAGGGUCGAGUACCCUGCUCACCAGGCCACCAACAUCGUGGGGCCACAGAGCAUCCAAGGUGGAGCUCAUGAGGGACUGCAGCACCUGGGGCCCUAUGGAAACAUCCCUAACAUCGUAGCUGAGCUGACAGGGGACAACAUCCCUAAAGACUUCAGUGAGGACCAUGGAUACCCCGACCCGCCUAACCCCUGUCCAAUAGGAAAGACAGCUGCAGAUGGGUGUCUGGAAAAUGCCCCGGACACAGCAGAGUUCAGCAGAGAGUUCCAGAAACAUCAGCACCUGUUUGACCCCGAGCAUGACUACCCUGCUCUGGCUAAGUGGAACAAGGAGCUGUUGUACCAGAAACUGAAGGGAGGAGCCAAAAGGAGAAAAAGGAGUGUCAAUAACCCCUACCUGAUGGGUCAGAGGCUGAACAAUGUGGUGGCCAAGAAGUCUGUUCCCCACUACCCAGAAGAGGACGAAGACUAUCGCACCACCACUGCAACAAAAGCCACCACCUAAACACACUGUAGUUCUAACAUUACUGACCACCAUGUUCACUUCACAUUAUCUCAAGUAGAUUUAAGCAAUAAGGCCCGAGGGGGUGUGAUAUAUGGCCAAUAUACCACGGCUAAGGGCUGUUCUUUUGCACGACACAACGUGGAGUGCCUAGAUACAGCCCUUAGCUGUGGUAUAUUGGCCAUAUACCACAAACCCCCCCCCCCCCCGACGUGCCUUAUUGCUAUUAUAAACUGGUUACCAACGUAAUUGGAGCAGUAAAAAUACCCGUGUUCUACGGUCUGAUAUACCACUGCGUCAGCCAAUCAGCAUUCAGGGCUCGAACCACCUAGUUUAUAAUAAAACGUCACAUCAGACACACGUUCUCUAAAUAUGUUCCUUUUUCACCAUGGCACAUCUUUGUUGACCUACGUAGCCUAGUAACACUGGUAGGUAUGGUAACACAGAGUUUAUUGAUAUGUACCACUUGUGUAAAAAAAAUAAGAUAUGACCAUCUGUUAUCUUUUUUUUCAAUCUAUCAAAAUGACUGUUGCUCAGGGUGGGAAAUGUAACAAGCUUAUGAGUUCUUUUGUGCCUGUGGUCCACUGUGGCAUGCAAUUCAGUGAUAUUAGAACAGCCUAUGAAGCUGAAUGUUGUCUCAAUUAUAUAUUUGAUCAAACCAAAAAUAUGCUGUUGUUUGUGAUACAAAAUAUUUAAUCAAGUUGUUGUGAUUUAGCUUUGUUAAAUUUAUUUUUGGCUCAAGCCAUUAUCUAACUCUCUUGCUGUUUUUUGAUGAACAUUUGCUGUUAAUUCUUAAUAAUAUAAAAUAAAUGAUUUACUCUGCACGUU